CAACGAAUGUCCCGAAUCCAAAUAUGAAGUCAUGGAGGAAGAAAAUCUAGCCAGAGCGUUCGACACAAUGUCCUUCCUCUCCCCUCCCAUUGUCCGCUCAGCGGGCGCAAUUUUGGAUCGCUCCCUAUUCUCGAAGACGUUCCCUAUUACUGCAGCGAGGAUAACAAACCUGAAGAAGAUCUCCCAAUAUCGAGCACAGUUAGAAAAGACUCGAGAACUUCUGCGGCUGGAAAGAAUUACCAAUGUGCAACCAGAUCCAGAUCCAACUCUAGCCUCAAAGGGUGCGAAAUGUAUGCUGCUGAGCCCAGACGUCAAGCCUGGAGAUUCAAACACGUGGAGUACUAGUCUUAGAGAUGCUGUCCAGCAGAAAGACGUAGAGGUGGUGCCAUAUGGCUUGAAGCUUGAUUACAAUCAUUGGACGUACCAUGACAUUAUGAAAUCUAUCUUACCAGAUGAAGAUCAAGAAGAGAUCCCUGUCGGGUUUGCAAUAGUCGGGCACGUUGCCCAUUUGAACUUGCGAGACGAGUACCUAAAAUAUAAGAAUCUGAUUGCGGAAGUCCUCGUUGACAAGAAUCCGAAUAUUCGCACGGUCAUCAACAAGGUAGACGAUGUGGGAACGCAUUCGGAAUUUCGAACCUUCGAUUACGAGGUGCUUGCUGGUCCAGACGAUAUGGAUGUCGAGAUCAGCGAAGGAGACUGUAUAUUUCGAUUCAACUACUCAAAAGUCUACUGGAACAGUCGCCUCCAAACAGAACACAAGAGAUUGGUGGACUCCUUCAACCGUGGAGAGGUCGUUUGUGAUGUUAUGGCCGGAGUAGGGCCCUUUGCUAUCCCAGCUGGCAAGAAAGGAGUCUUCGUGUGGGCAAAUGAUCUUAACCCAGCCAGCUAUGAAUCUAUGAAGGAUGCCAUUGUGAGGAACAAGGUCCAACCUUUCGUCAGACCCCAUUGCGAAGACGGCCACACAUUCAUCCGCUCAGCAGCAGAUAACCUCCUCUCUCUCACCUCCACCGGACAAAACACCACAACCCUCCCCGCCAAAUCCCACCGUCCCAGACCAGGAGCCGGGCCUCCACCCGCCCCAACAGUCCUCACCAUCCCAUCCACGAUCUCCCACUUCGUCAUGAACCUCCCCGCCACCGCGAUCGACUUCCUCGGCUCGUUCAACGGCUUCUACGCCGGCCACGAGGCCUUGUUCGCAGGUGAUGAUGCCCAGGCGAGAAGAUUACCCAUGGUGCACGUACACUGCUUCUCGACGAAGUCGGAUGACAAUUUGGCGGAGAGCCACGAGAUUUGCGAGAGGAUCACGGAGAAGUUGAGGUAUCAAGUCCGUCCUAGGAUAGGGCAAGGUAGGAAUGUGGGGAUUGAGGAUUGGGAAAAGUUGGGGUUGGAGGAGGGGGAGGUGUUGAUUAGGGAGGUGAGGGAUGUGGCUCCGAAGAAGAGGAUGUUUUGUGCGAGUUUUAGGAUCCCGAGAGAGGUGGCGUUUAGGAGUAGAUGAGGAUGAAGCAGGCGGAGGGUUGGAUGUGGUUGCUCCGAUAGGCUGUGUUGGAAGAGAUAGCUUUUGGAGCUGGAUUCUGAUGUAGUCGUAUCUCGUCAUUGUAGUAGAAUGACGAUAGGUUCUACAACAACAUGCAAUCCAUCACCACAUCUUUAUUAACGCGGCGUUUGGGGGCAAGCUGUGGUAAACAACGAGAAUCGUACUUGCA